CCGCCCGGAGCCGCCGUCAAUCGGGGCGUACGCGGCGCGCGGGGCCCGCGGUGAGCGGUGCCGUCCGGCCGCGCGAUGCAUUGUGGGUGCGGCUGAGGAAGUAAAAUGGCGGACCUGGCGAACGAAGAAAAGCCUGCCAUUGCUCCACCUGUCUUUGUAUUUCAGAAGGAUAAAGCACAGAAGUCCCCUGCAGAGCAAAAAGCUUUGUCGGAUUCAGGCGAGGAGCCCCAGGGAGAGGUUGAGCCCCCCUACCAUGAUCUGGGUCACACAGAACCAGCUGGGGAGUGCGACUCUGRGCACCCUGCUCCUGCUGUGGCCUCAGUCAGUGCUACCCUGAGUCCUGCUUCUGAAGCCCAGCUUGCUYCUAUUCAACAAGAACUGGCAGGGAGAUCAGCAGAUGGAUCAAGUCCAGAAGACGGAGAUGAAUCUGAUCGAGAGGAUGGAAGCUACUGUCCGCCUGUAAAACGUGAGAGAACUUCGUCUUUAACUCAGUUCCCUCCUUCUCAGUCAGUAACAAAGAACAAUGUCUUUAUGCCAUCAAGCUUCUGUGAACCCUCUACAGGCAAUUCUGACUCAGAACCAGAGGAAAARAGCAGUGGAUUCCGGCUGAAGCCACCAAUACUCAUCCAUGGUCAGGCACCUAGUGCAGGUCUCCCUAGCCAGAAACCGAAGGAACAGCAGCGAAGUGUGCUCCGUCCAGCAGUACUACAGGCACCACAGCCAAAAACUUUCUCACAAAGUGUUCUCAGCAGUGGCACCAAUGGUGUAAGUACCCUUCCAGAUUCUGUAGCCACAUCAGAAUCAGCAAGUGAUGCAACACUGAAAAGUUCUGACUCUGAGGACAAGGCAGGAGAAUGUCAGAAAAAGGAGUCCAACAAUACUUCAGAUGAUGACAGCUGUGAGAAGGCUGAACUAAAUGCACAGCAAGCAUUUGUAUUUGGACAAAACUUAAGAGAUAGAGUUAAGCUAGGAGAUGAAGGUGAUGAAACUGCUGAUGUGCAGAAUGCUGGUCUUCUGACAUCAGAUGUACCUUCUGCAACAAACUAUUUUCUACAGUACAUCAGUUCCAGUGUAGAGAACUCUACAAACAAUGCAGAUGCAUCUAGCAACAAGUUUGUUUUUGGACAGAACAUGAGUGAGCGAGUCCUAAGUCCACCAAAAUCAAAUGAAGGUAGUACAGAGAGUAAUAAGGAGAAUGCUGCUACAGAGUCUGGAUCUGAAUCAUCUUCUCAGGAGGCCACGCCAGAGAAAGCUAAUAAUAUUUCAGAAUCACUGGUGGAGUCUGCAGCAGCCUAUACUAAAGCAACAGCAAGGAAGUGUUUAUUGGCGAAGGUAGAAGUGAUUACUGGGGAGGAAGCUGAAAGUAAUGUCUUACAGAUUCAGUGCAAGCUGUUUGUAUUUGAUAAAAGCUCUCAGUCGUGGGUGGAAAGAGGUCGAGGGCUCCUGAGACUCAAUGAUAUGGCCUCAACAGAUGAUGGAACAUUACAGUCUCGACUGGUGAUGAGGACUCAGGGGAGUCUCAGGUUAAUCUUAAAUACCAAGCUCUGGGCUCAGAUGCAGAUCGAUAAAGCCAGUGAGAAGAGCAUUCGGAUCACUGCCAUGGAUACAGAGGACCAGGGAGUUAAAGUUUUUCUUAUAUCAGCAAGYUCUAAAGAUACAGGGCAAUUGUAUGCUGCAUUGCACCAUCGGAUCUUGGCCUUGMGGAGUAGAGUGGAACAAGAGCAAGAAGUCAAGAAUGUAGCACCUGAGCCAGAAGUAACACAGUCAAAUGAGGAAGACAGUGACGAUGAUGUCAUUGCACCUUCAGGAUCAGUUGGAAGURGUCCUAAUGAUGAAGGUGACGGGCAGAACGUUGGCAGCACAUAGCAGAUGUGAGCCCAUCUGCUUGCAAGGCUGCUAUGAACACCAUCUUGCAGGCAUCUCUGGAUACCCCAGGCCAGCAAUUAUUUCAGGCAGUGUUGAAAGCUCUAGGACUUAAGAACUGUGCAUCUCUGUUCUAUUUGUUUGGUUUUUUGGUCUGGAUCAGUAGAUUCCACACAAGAAAAAAGCAGACUUGGAAACUACCUGAAUGUGGUUUGGGAUGUUGAAAGCUCAUCAUAUUGAUGAGCAAAAAAAAAAAAAAAUACAACCCCAAAACAAACAACAAAAACACAAAAUGCAACCAAUCCCCAACCAUUUCCCCUCUUCCUUGUAAUUAAAAUGGCACAUUACAGCUUGUCACAGCUUUUCAUUGGGACCUUUUGGCUGUUUCUUCAGUAGUUCGUGUCUUGCAGGUCUCCGAGAUAGAACUUUCCGACACGGUUCCGACUCAAAUUCUGCUUUUGUAAUCCCUACUCCCCGUUAUGCAGGGAAACCCUGUCCUAACCAGUUCCUAUGCUCACUGGCUGCCCUUUUGGGUUCCUUUUUUUUUUUAUUUUUUUGACUGCAGAUGGGGCAGGUAAUGUUUUAACCUUUUAAUUUCAACAUAGGUUGUGGAUGUGAAUACCAUUGUUUGCUGUCUAGUGGGUUUGUAAACAGAAAGAAACAAAACAUUGUGGUUCACCAGAAAAGAUUUUUUAAUGCGGUAAUAAGAGACUUUAAAGUUUGCAGGACAUUUUGCUAACUCCUUUUUUUCUUCCCAUUUCAUUAUUUUUUUGGGGGGGAUUUAUAUUGUGGUGAUACUUUUUUAUUUUAGUUUUUCAAUAAGAUGCUCUUGUGUGUUGAAAAAGUGAAACUAUUGUUUUGUACUGUUCUUUUCUGUUACUAUUUAAGGGAGAGCUAAGCCACUAUAUAUAAUAGAUGUUACAUACAAUUUUUCUUAGAAAAUUUUAUGUUUCUGUGGCUAGAGUAAAGUGCAGGAGGCAUAUAGGUUACACCUUCAGAAAAGUUAAUGAUGAAACAGCUGUUAGCCCUUGGAAAAAUAAAAUAGGCUCAUGUAAUGAGCYCUGCCAGCCAUUAAAAUAAAUAUGUAUAAUAAAGCAGCUCUCAUUUAAUGGCUUGAUUCAACAAGCCAUUUAAGCACUUGCCUGACUUAACUAUAUGUGAAUAAUCUUACUGAAGUCAAUGCAACUCUUCAUGCUUAAAGUUGAGGACAUUUUUAAAUACCUUGCUGAAGUAAUGGCCUUAAAUAGAAAAUUUAACUUCUAACCCUUCCUGUCCCCCUUCUAUUUCCUGAAGCAUGAAGAAAAACAUAAUACUGCCAGCCUUCAGUAGUUUGGGCUGAAGGUUAUUGUAUUCUGUUCCACCACAAAUAAAAGCAAGAAUGUGUAAUUCUGUGUGUAAUUCUGAAGUACUCCUACUGGAACCAUAACUCAACUUUUUUUUUUUGCUUUUGGUGUUUUUUUAAUCAUUUCAGCUUUUUGUGUGGAAGUUUGAAUUUUAUUUUCUUAUUAAAACAUAUGGUAUGUUCUUGUCCAGAAAAAUUGGAAUUUGGUAGUCACCAGGAACAGUGACCAGUCACUUUCAUUAUAAAUUCCCCAAAUUGCUCUAUUUGCAUUAUAAAUAGUUUGCUGAUAAUUUCUGACUUGCAUGCUUGCUCUUUUAUAGGUUAAAGAUCUAAAAUGUAUCACCUAAAGGAAAAUGAAAGGGGAAGAAGCAUUUGAUGUAGCAUAAAUUGAAAACAGAAACCCAAAUUAUAGCACAAAAUCAACUUUAAAAUAGAGUAUUCAAAUAGCAAAACAGUCCUUAUUGCCUCUACUUUAAUGAAACACACUUUUCUCUGGCAGUCAAGAACAAGUCUUCCCAUUUUCUGUUGUUAACCAUCAUUGAAGACUGAUGCUGUUGGGGCAGCAGGUGCUUUUACUUUUCCUGAUAGCCAGUUGAAGGAACAGCUGUGAUUACUUUUCUGGGAAUUGAAAAGGGCUAAUGAUAAGCUGUGCCGCUGCAUCUUGACUUCUCUGGAUUAUCUGCUCAUGUCUUCUUGCAUUUUGGUUUUCUUUUUGCCUCUUUAGAGUUAUGGGGGGUUUUAGGAAUGAACAGAUCUGUUGUUGCAUCCCUCUACUCAUGCCAUGCUUCAACAGGAACAUGYCAUGUUCCUUAGUACCUGCCACACAGUUGUUUCUGCAUCACAAGGUCUGGGGACUUUCAAGUAAGUGAUCUGCAUUUUGGGUCUGGGAUCCUUUUACAUUGUUGACAUACUCAGAUUUAAACUACUCUUUUCAAACACCCUUGCACCAUAAAGCUGUUUCUUGUCAGCAGCUUGUUCACAAGGAAAAUUAGUAAGGUGUUUUGGCCAGGCAGAGCCUACUUCUGGGAAAAAAAAGGCAUUAUUUCCUGGUCCCAGACUUUAUGAGGUCUAAGCUUAGUCUUGUUUUGAAGUGUUUUACCUAAAAUGCCAUUGACAGUGCAUGAGGAUUCAGAAAAAUGGAAUAAGCAUGCUUGCUUUGGGGUUUGGYGGUACAAAAUCACCUACAGCUUUCUAAAAAAUUUGGCAACUAUUUACUGAUGCAGAUUUUAUUUUAGCUAGAAGCUUUGCAUCARUGUUUAUAGUGAAGGCAGAAGUGUUGCUGUGCAUUGGGACAGAAUUGACCAUGGGUUGAGUUCAGGYCCUGCCCAGUAAGAUAUAGUUAGGCCAAAGCAAAACCCUGACUUAGCUCUCUGCUAAACCAGUGAUAGGCAAAACUAGAUAAUGCCCAUGUGUCCCAAAAGAUCUGUGAAAGACAGUCAUAUCAAAAUGUACAUGGGAAUGACAUUAAAACCGGUGUCAGCAAGCAAACAAACAAAACACCCUGAGCCCUGUGUUGUGUUUCCUGUACCAGGCAGUGGCUGUUCUUAGAGAGGAUUAUGGUAACCAACUCUGCUGCCUUACAGCACUCUUCUCCCUUGAUCAUGCUUCUGCUCCAUCUGUCCCCAUAGGCCUCUUAACUUYUGUGUGGUGUUGACACACCAAUUCCUGUAUAUAGCCUGUGUGGCUGCUGACCCACACAACGUUUCAGGUUUUCCAGGGGAAAAGAAAGUACUGAAGAGUGUAGUAGAGUUGAACAUGCUUGAUGAUGAGGCAACUCUGGCAGCCAGGAGGGCAACCAUGCAUUGCAGGGACAUCAAGCACAGUUAGUCAGGGGAGGCUAUUGUGUCUCUGCUCUGCACUCAGGCAGCCUCAUCUUGAGUUCUGAGGGCAGUUUUGGGCACCAUAGUAUAUAAAAACAUUAACCUAACAGAGAGGCUCCAAAUAAGGCCACAAGGAUUGGGAAGGGUUGAGAGGGGAAGCCUUAUGAGGAGCUGCUGAGGGGACUUGGUUUGUUCAGCCUGGAGAAGGGAGACUGAGGGGUGACCUCAAUGCAGUCUUCAGCCUCCCCAUGAGGGGAAACUGAGGGGCAGACACCAAUCUCUACACUCUUGUGACCAGUGAUGGAGCUUGAAGAAACAGCAUGAAGCUGAGUCAGGGCAGAUUUAGCUUGGAUACCAGGAAGUUUUCCACCCAGAGGGCAGUGGUUCAUCAGGGCAGUGGUCACAGUCCCAAGGCUGAGUUCAAGAAGCAUUUGGACAAUGUUCUCAGYUGCAKUGUGGGAUUGUUGGGGUGUCCUAAGCAGGACCAGGAGYUGGACUUCAUCCUGAUGGGUUCCUUCCAAUUCAGUGUGCUUUAUGUUUCUACAAAAAUGUUGCUAGAAUGGUGAUGUCACUGAAACCAGAAGUAAGCCUCUUAUCCAUAAAGUGAAAAAUAAGAUUACACCCACAGGAAAUACAAACAUUAAGGUAAGAGAAUGUUGUAAUUACAUCUUUCUGUAGUCCAGUUCCCAGUGCAUAAUGCAUUGCUUUAGAGAGGACAGGCAGGCAAUGAUCUAAAUAAAUGAGUCCUCAGCCAUCCUUCACUAGAACUAAGGUGGGAAGUAACCAGAUUGUUAGAAGCCUCCAGGAAUAAAAAAAAAAAUCCUCAAAUUUUUGUAAUGGCUGCUCUCUGUUCCCUGAGGCAUCAGUUGAUGCCAUUAACUGACUGUUCCUAACAUGUCCCAUUCUGCAGUUCAACUGGUCUCUUUCUCUCCCAGUGAGUGUAGAAAACGGUUUAUUUCCUUUUUAGAAACAUGUUACAUAUUUGAAAAUUUUCCAUGUUUCCCAUAAUCAUCUCUAGUUUUAGGAAUUCCAGUUAUGAUAAUUGCCAUAAAUUGUCAUACAAGAUUUCAUUAAACUGACUUUUCACUGUGUGCUUUUUCUCCCCGUGUUAUUUGAUCUUUCUGUGCAUUGACUUGCUUAAACUGAACUCUAGCCCAUUAUAGGGGUAGCGGGUAUUUAGACAGGAUGUUAUAAUGAUAUUUCAGGGUUUUUUUAAAAAGGUUUCUUUUUUCCCUCCUUUGAAAAUCAGCACAGAGCAGGUGCAAGAGAGAAUUGCUAMAUUAGACAAAGUCGGUCUUGAUUAUUUUCUGCUAGGUGAAAGUACAGGUAUCUCAUUAAGAAAUGCUUACAGAUGAAUUCUGUAAAUAAAAGUCWCAUUCAAAGAUAGUAUUGAGAUCUCCCUUUUAACUACCUUCUUUCAAGGACUCCUUUCCAGAACUCUUCCUUUUGUAAAGACACACAAGCUGAAUUUGUCACUGAGAACACUUUUAUUUCUGUUGCCCACUGGGGUGGGCAGUGAAUGCCUUCUCCAAGGUGAUCUGAAUUGAAAGUGGGGUUAUUUUAAAUGAACCACCCCUGGGCGAAUUUCCGUAGGUYACUUUCAGCUUCUGAUGAAACUGGAGAAGUUGAGUGGUGAUGUUACRUUUGAUGUCCUCCUCCUGCUCCAGAGACCAGGAGGUGUCAUGGAGCCCCCAGUGUCCUCUGAAAAGCAGCUUGCUGUUUGUAGUCCAU